UAACACAUUUGGCAACAAAAGGCACGUUCGCUUCGCGUAAAAUUCUCUUGUCAAUAACAACAAACCGAGAAAGCUGUAAAACUCUACGUGAUUCAGUCCCUGUCGCGACGGUUGCAUUUCGUUCGAGACGUGGAACUUUCUGCCGGUGAGCGCGCGCUAGUUUACCGUCCAGAAACAUUUUUAUUACCAUCGAUGUGUUUUUAUGUAGCGUCACCCUCUUAACAAAGCCGCCAGCCGUGUUCGAAACGACCUUACUUGUUAAACUCUAAGCGGCAGCACCGAGAUAGCGCGCGCUACGGUGUUAGGCCGUGACGUGACGUGACGAGCGCUGACAGCUGUCAGAAGUCAAGCCAGCACGAUGACGGUGAUCGUUUCAUCUCCUGACUGAAGAGCCGAGUUGUGUUACUUUCUGUUCACAAGCGAAGAUGGAAGAUUCAGCGUCUGGGAGCCUUUACAGGAAACCGCGGGACAUGAACGUGAUCGGAGGUGGAUUGCUGAAUGAGUCUGACUACUAUGAUUAUACAGACUAUGAGACUGUGGAUCUAAGAGAAGAAACACCAAGCGAGGCGGUGUGGAUCCCUCUCGUCUACUCUGUGGUGGUGAUUGUCGGUCUGCUGGGGAACGGUCUCCUGCUGCUGGUUCUGAUUAGGAGGAGGCGAUUCUGGCGCCCGUCGGACACCUUCGUGCUGCAGCUGGGGGUCGUGGACAUCCUGCUGCUGGUGACGCUGAUCAUCUGGACCAUACGAGCUAAUCAGAAAUGUGUCCACUGCUCCGUGACCCUCUUCAAGAUAUGCAGAGCAGUUUGGAAUAUCAACUUCUAUGUCGGGAUGUUUCUGCUGGUUUGCAUCUGUUUGGAGAACCUACUGGUCAAAGUCCGUUCUGAUUGGUUUUCCCAGCACGGGGCCGGUUUUUCAGUGACAUGCUACUCUUUGACGUGGCUCCUCUCUGCUAUUUUAGCAGUUCUCGACUGGUGUUUGUUUCCUUCCAACUCCUCUAAAGAGAUGUCCAUCUACGUCCACGAGCACUCUGGGGUUGGAUUUGACAAGCUGCUCGCUUUACGUCUCAUCCACCUCCUAAUUGGAUUUUUGGUGCCUCUGCUCAUCCUGAUCAUCUGGUGCACCCACACUUUUCUACAACGCCGUCAGAACAAAACGUCCGCCAUCUUGGCUCUGGUGACGGUUUUCCUGGUCUGCUGGAUACCGUACAACAUCACCCUCAUUCUGGACACCAUCUAUUAUGGAUCAUCGCAUUUUCUUAAGAAAGUCCCCAUUGAUCCAGAGGCUUCUCUGAAAACAGCGCUUACGGUCACCUCAGCCAUGGGCAGUGUUCACGCCUGCCUCAGGCCUCUGUUGUAUUUUCUUUUUCGCCCAAACUUCAGAAAAAGUGUGUUGAGCGUGCUCAGGUGCAGUUCGCCUCAACGCAUGAACUCUCUGUGGGAGCUGGGCGUGAGCCAGAACGACGAGGAACAUUCAGAGGAGCGACAGAAGCAGCUGGAGAUGCUUCAGCAACGGCAGGAGGCAGCUUAGAUGUACUGACGCGGUGACUUAACCCUGGGGGGAGCUUUAGUGGACUUACGCCGGGUCCACGCUGGAGGUGUGGAUCGGCAGCAGAACGGUUUACUCGCGUGCAUCACGGUGCGGCGGUCCACACCGGCGGAGUCUCGGCCGCUCUUCCGCCGUCGUCCUCGCCAGACUUGUGAGAUCACAAAAUCUCACGGGACUUCAAAGGUCAGGGUUUGUUUGUGUCAUCCACCAUUGAACCAAAAAGAAGACGGAGAUCUUGUUUGAUGUUCUGUAUGAUGUUGUCCCUCUCCACUGCCAGGACUGAAGCCGUGAAAAACACCGCUGCACUCCUUGAAGGAUGCUGGGUGGAAUUAAAGGGACUUUACGGAGUUUCUAAAUUUUAUGUUCAUGAUCGCCCCCUCAGGCCAAAAGCUUAACGGCAGCUUCAAUAGCAGGCUCGUGCACGAGGCGCGCAUGCUGUACGUGCACACUCCUUAACGAAAAUAACAACUGAGGCAGUCCCUUCUGUGUGUGUGUGUGUGUGUGUGUGUGUGUGUGUGUGUGUGUGUGUGUGUGUGUGUGUGUGUGUGUGUGGCCCGGAGGACAGAGGACAGGAGAACGUGCAGCUAAUUAAUUAAAUAAUUUGGUUCUGUACCUUUCUCUUCAGCACAGCCGACAAAGGUUUAUGAUGGGUCAGUCCUCCUGCAUGCUCAGAUCAUUCCCUUCCCUUGCUUGAAAAAUUGUUCCAAAAUGAAAGUUGAACCCACAUCUUUUUUAUCUGUGAAUUCAAUGCCGUUCGGCGAGUCUCAAAUAAAAAUUUGGGCAUUUUACUGUAAAAAAUAUACCAUUAAUGUAAAAAAGAAACUCUAAAUGAACUAUGUUCACAUCCAGAAUCAAACCCAGGUCUUCAGCACAGGAGUCCGACGUCUUACUAGGUGAGCUAAAGCACCAGUGACGUUCUUUGUAUCUGUAACAUUUAUAUCCUUGAUGACAGCUGAAAGAACGGUUCGGAGAGAAAAUGGCUAUUUUGUUGCUAAUUUGCAGGAAAUAUCUAGAAGAAAGUUCUACAGAAAGUAGCUAAGGGUCCUCAGAAAUGUAGCUAGCUUCAUCACUAGGCGUUAGGAACAGCGACAAAGUGGCACUGCCUCUCUCUCUGCUGCUAAAGCUACGGAUAGCAAAUGCUACGGGCUAUGCCUGAGCGUGAACCCGCAUGAAGCAGCCUGCUCGACCCGAGCAGCUCUCUUUUUCUGUGAUUUUACAGAAAAACAGGCAAUCACAGUAAAAAUGCCAGGGCUCAUUCUACAGGACCAGGGCAUUGCAGGAGAAUGUAUGAAGAAGACAUUUAUUAUUUCUACACAUGUUUUGGCUGUCAAACUUCCAUAAUGCCCCUUUAAGCUGUUAGGUCACGUGUGUUGACGUAAUCCACACGGAUAAGAAAUGGCGUCGCUGCAGCAAAACUAGAACCUAAUCCUAUCUUUAGCAGCUGAAAUGUGCCGCGCUGCGGCCAUUUCGGAUCAACCCCAUAGAUUAUCAUGGAUUGUAGUUGAAGCAGCGAUGUUGCGCCGCCGAGGUCUCCAGUCUGGACCCGGCUUCACGGCGUUCAGAAAAGACGUGUAGGAUGAAGACAACCGAUGUGACUCAGAUUCUCUAGAAGCACGUGAAGUACACAGAACUUGAUAUUUUUUGUGUUGUGUUGCUUAUUUUUUAUGAAAUUAAACUGUUUUUCUAUUGUUUUAAAUACUUACCAGUUGUUUUAAAGCUAUCGUGUCAUACAUUUCUGAUAUAAGCUGUUUUCUUGCUUGCAUUAGUUUAAUUCUUGUUUAACCUUUCACAACAUAAGGACAGACGAUGACAAUUAACUUGUAAUAAAGUAUUUCACAAGAACUUUUA